UUUUUCUUUUUACAAAUUAUGUAUAGGCAUUUCCAUUGUCCAUACUGAUGGAGUCUUGGAGCUAUGGUUCUGAAGGAAAAAGCCUUCUUUUUACUGAUGAAAUAGAUUUGGAUGCUUUUGCCAGAAGCAGAAAAGCAAUGCUGAGUUGGGACCUCAAGCCUUCUUCUUCUGAUAUUGAAGUUGUUGAGAGCAUGGAUUUCAUGGAUUUUGGUAUUGCCGACAUGAACAAGAAGCCCUUUUAUGGUAACACCAGUAUGGGGAUUUUUGGAGCUGAGUUUGGUAAUGAUUCCACUGCUAAGAGUCUAGUUUCCCCUUCUUGUAUGGUUUCCACCAGUUCAUAUUUUGGUGAAGAGGAAUCUGGUUCCAAGCAUUGUAGUUCUUUGAUUGACUCCAACAGUCAAGACUCUUCACUCAUUGAUUUGAAGCUAGGGAGAUUGGCUGAUUACAAUGAUGAACAUGCUGGGAAAUUCUCCAAGGAAACCUCUGUCGUUUCUCCGGCUUUUGUGCCGAAGAAAGCGCGGUCGACGAGCUCGAUUUCCCAUACUCCUUAUUGUCAAGUUCAUGGUUGCAACAAGGAUCUUAGCUCUUCAAAAGAUUACCACAAGAGGCAUAAAGUUUGUGAGGCUCACUCCAAGACAGCCGAAGUUAUUGUUAAUGGAAUUGAACAGAGGUUUUGCCAGCAGUGUAGCAGGUUUCAUUUACUGGCUGAAUUUGAUGAUGAUAAGCGCAGUUGUCGUAAACGCCUAGCAGGGCAUAAUGAGCGGAGAAGGAAGCUUCAUUUCAAUACCUUUUCUGGAAAAUCACAUAAGUUGAUGCAUUCGCAUCAAGAUGCCAAGUUUUUGGGGACGUCUAUAUCGAAAGGAACAACUUUCUUUAUCCCAAACGUAUUUCAAGUUGACUUUCUUCAUCCCGAAAGACACUCGUACACUAAUCAAUGCGAGAAGGUUAAAUUUGAAGAGAAACCAAUGUUUAAUUCCCGGUCGGCAAUACCGAUUGCAAAUGGGCAGUUGCAACCAUCAUCUUUCUUUCAUGUGCAUGACAGUGGGAGACAACAUGUUCCUGGAACAUUUUCAUUGGCAACCGAAGAUUUCGAUGCUCCUAGUGUAGCAUCAACAGUUGAAGAGUUCUCUGGGGUUUCACGCUCAGACUGUGCUCUCUCUCUUCUGUCAGCUCAAUCCCAGGAUUUGUCAAGCCAUGCGACAGGGAUUCAAAUGACAAGGCCCUUGAUUGAUCAAGCCAGCAAUGCCCAUCGGAGCUCCGAGAAAUCUGCUGCGAAUACCUUUUAUUCAUGUGGAAUGAACCCCAUGGGAGUAAGCCAUUCAAGCUCCGUUGCGGUCUCUGAUGCUGGUCAUACCGCUAAUUUCGACCGUCAAGUUCAAAACUCGAAUCUUUUGAGCACCAGCUAUUGCCUUUCUCCUGAAAACGAAACCACUGUCGAUUUGAUUCAACUUUCAACACAUCUCCAAAGAGUGGAGCAGCAACGGAACUCCUUGCAAAUAAAGCAGGAAAACGAGGACCUGUUUUAUUUCCUCACCACAUAAUUAGUACGAGAGGGAGGAAGGUUUACAGGAAGAGUUGCAAAAGGUACAUUUCACUAUAGGCUGUUAGACACUCCAAAACCAUUUUAGCACAUCCCAUUUCCAGUCGGUAUAGAACAACGCAAAUUCUGGACGUUGUAACUGUAAAUUGGUGCAAGUUCAGUAGUAUUUGUUCUUUCCUAUAGUUUCUCUGCAGAUUCUAUGUAGUUAAAGAUGGGUUAAUGUUCAUAUAUGAUACUAUUCGAGACAUUGUUAAUCAUCC